AUGUCCGAGACUGAAGCAACGCACAACGACGACACACUGCAGGCAGGGCCGCAUGCCAGCACUACCAACCACGAGGACGAAAGGGAUGCCGACACAUUCGAAGAUGCUACCGACGCGACAUCUGCUGCCGCUGCUCAAGAUUCAGCAACCCAACCAAUCUCGCAUCAGGGAGACAAUACCGACGAUGAAUCCCGCAUAGUCACGGACAGGAUGCACUCGGAUGACACAGCACCCAGACUAUCCACCUCGAUUGCGCCGGGAGCUUUUGACGUCGACGACAUUGGACACGUGCUCGCCGAAGGUGCUGAUGCUAAGAAAGAGACUGUACCAGAGAAUACAGCAAACGAAGAAACUCAAUCUGCUACGGCAACCUCAUUGAAACAAGCAGCCUCCAAUCAGGCCCAAAGUCGACCCUCGAUAGCCAAAUCGCUGAACGAGGAAGCCGCGACGGCCGGCGGAGCCCAGGACAAGCGAAGCAGCAUCGACAUCAUCACCCAAACCACGCCCGACAACGACCAAGACGACAUGCCUCGAGCCCAAAAGUCUCGCCAAAACACUCUCGAAUCCGUACCCGAGCUACCUCCCGCCGUGCCCGAGAAAGACAAUGAGAACGAACCUGUAAAAGGGCUAUCGGGCGACCUCCCUACUCUCAACUACCCUCCUCCGCCGCCACCACCGAUACAAAAGUCGCAAACCUUCAUGGCUUCGCCUACAGUAGAAAAGCCCCCAACCACACGGAAAGUCUCGAGCCCAUUUGCUUGGUUCUCACGGGCUCGGAAAGCAACAUCUCCGUCUCGCCCCACGAGUCCGCGACGAAACACAGCUUCAUCUCUGCAGAGCCUGACCACAAGCCCCGACUCCAACGACGAUGCUUCUCAUCAACGAACCCUGAAAGACCGUUUCCACAUUUUGCGACUUCAAGGCGAAUCAGCCAUCUCGACCGACGACAGUCUGGCUCUGCCUCAGGGUCGCCAUGGUCGCGCCGGCAGUUUACAAGGCCCUACCAAGGAAGAAGGAGGUCAGCUAAGCCCUCCAUUCACGCCCCGAGCAAAUUCCUUCUCCGCCAUUUCAUCACCAACUACAAAGCUUCCUCCUGGUACCGUCGCAGGAGAUGCUGCUGGUCCAUCAGUCGAACAGGCCGAGGUCAAUUGGGAUCUCUGGCAGUCUGUUGUUGAAGAAGGCCCAUGCGCUGUCGCACGUACAAGUGGAGACGAACUCAAUCGCGCAAUUGCCAAUGGCAUUCCUCAGCCCAUCCGUGGCGUGGUUUGGCAAGUCAUGGCAGAGAGCAAGAAUGAUGAGCUAGAGCAGGUAUACCGCGAAUUGGUCGCUAGAGGCACCGAUAAGGAGGUUAUUCAGCCAUCUACUGUCCGUCGUAUCAGCGGUACUGGUGAGAAAGAGUCAAUCACCUCUUCUGCCUCUUCCGUGCACUCGGAUGUUUCUGCGUCUGUCUCUCCUCAGAUGAACGGUGCCGAAGCAUCCACGUCACCUGAGAGAAAACGCAGAUCAAAGGAUGAGACUGCUGCUUUGCAGAAGCUUGAGAAGACCAUCAGACGUGAUCUCGGCGCACGAACAGCCUACUCCAAAUACAUUGCCAGCGCAGGUCUCCAAGACGGCCUGUAUGGUAUCUGCAAAGCAUAUGCUCUCUACGAUGAACCAGUGGGUUACGCUCAGGGCAUGAACUUCAUUGCUAUGCCUCUACUCUUCAACAUGCCAGAAGAGGAAGCCUUCACCUUGUUCGUCCGACUUAUGUCAAAGUACAACCUCCGCUCUCUCUUCACCGCCGAAAUGACCGGCCUGCAUCUACACCUCUACCUGUUUGAACGCCUACUGGAAGACUACGAACCGGCACUCUACUGUCACCUACAUCGACGUGGGGUUCCUCCAAACCUAUAUGCCACACAAUGGUUCCUCACGCUUUUCGCCUAUCGCUUCCCUCUUCAACUCGUUCUUCGCGUCUACGAUCUCGUCCUUAGCGAAGGCCUGGGCGCCAUCCUCAAGUUCGGUAUUGCACUUAUGCAACGGAACGCCCAGACCCUGCUCGAGAUGAAGGAUAUGGUUCAACUAUCCACCCAUCUCAAAGAACGCCUCUUCGACGUCUACAUUGACAAAUCCCCUUCCGCAACCUCAAUCCUCGAAUCUGAAGUCUAUCGCGCCGAUGAACUCGUCCGCGAUGCCUGUGCCGUUGUCAUCACACCCGAAACCCUCGCAGCAUAUACCUCAGAAUUCGAAGAGAAGACCCGCGCAGAAAAGGACCGCGAAAUUGAGUUGGAGUCACUAAAGAACGAAAACGCAAACCUCAGCACACGCGUGCGGAAACUGGAACUGCGCACCCAGCAAUCUGAUGCCGAGCACGUGGACCUAGCAUCCUCUCUGGUGCGCACAAAAGUGGAAAACGACUCGCUCCUGGACGAAAAUGAAAGUCUGAAGAUGCAGGUCGAGGAGUUGANNGGAAAAUGGUCGACAAGCAACCGCAAGGAGGUUGAAGACCGCUUGAAAGGGNAAAUGGACAAGAUCAUGGCGAGAAACAUCGAAGUGCAGAAUAACAACCGUGGACUAGAGGAGCGAUUGCAGGAGAUGGAGCAAGAGUUGGUGGGGACGAAGAUGAUANUGAAUGGCGAACACGAUGCUCUCAAGCAGAAAUUGAGGGAUAUUCAGAAUAUGCUGGCGAGCACUGAUGAUGGGCAAAAGUAA